AGCAUGGCUCAGCUGGCUGUUGCCCUUCUUCCAGUAAAUAGCUGCACCUUCCUCCCUGCCUCCUCCCAAGCAGAGCACAUGUCUCCAUAGUACUACGGAGGGGGAGGAGGGUGAUCAGAAGUGUUUAGGGAAGAGAGAGCCCUUUCAAAGUUACACACGGCAAUCUCUCCUUGCCCCUGGGCACGGGCACAGCUCCAGCUGCUCUGGCCUGCAGAGGUCCCACUGGAUGAACUGCUAAAUGGUCACCUGCUUCUGAGCAUUGUUCAACCUGGCAGGAUCCUCAGAACCAGGAGGUGAAAGAAAAGACAGCUGUAGCUGACUUGUGGGGGACUCCCUUGGCUCUUUUGGCCCAAGACCCUACCACUCCCUCUCCCUGGCAGCCUGUAUUCUGGGUCUCACCUAGACAGCCCGAGUAGGAACAAGCCAUCUCGUCCAUCACAGCCAUGAAUUUCCUCCGGCGGCGCCUCUCUGACAGCAGCUUUGUGGCCAACCUGCCUAAUGGCUACAUGACGGACCUGCAGCGCCCAGACAGCUCCACCAGCUCGCCUGCAUCCCCCGCCAUGGAGAGGAGGCGCCCUCAGCCCCUGGCAGCCUCCUUCUCCUCUCCAGGAUCCAGCCUUUUUAGUUCCUUCUCCAGUGCCAUGAAGCAGACCUCACAGGCCCCCUCGGGGCUGAUGGAGCCUCCGGGUCCCUCCACGCCUGUUGUUCAGAGGCCCAGGAUCCUAUUGGUGAUCGAUGAUGCCCACACAGACUGGGCCAAGUAUUUCCAUGGAAAGAAGGUGAAUGGAGAGAUUGAGAUCCGAGUGGAACAGGCUGAAUUCUCAGAGUUGAAUCUAGCCGCCUAUGUUACUGGGGGCUGUAUGGUGGACAUGCAAGUCAUGAGAAAUGGAACCAAGGUUGUGAGAUCCUUCAAGCCGGACUUCAUCCUUGUCCGCCAGCACGCCUACAGCAUGGCCCUGGGCGAAGACUACCGCAGCCUGGUCAUCGGCCUCCAGUAUGGAGGGCUGCCUGCCGUCAACUCCCUCUACUCUGUCUACAAUUUCUGCAGCAAGCCCUGGGUGUUCUCUCAGCUCAUUAAGAUCUUCCAUUCCCUGGGUCCUGAGAAGUUCCCGCUUGUGGAGCAAACAUUUUUCCCCAAUCACAAGCCAAUGCUCACAGCCCCUCACUUCCCCGUGGUGGUUAAGCUGGGACAUGCCCACGCUGGAAUGGGAAAGAUCAAAGUAGAAAACCAGCAUGACUACCAGGACGUCACCAGCAUGGUGGCCAUGGCCAAAACCUAUGCCACCACCGAGGCCUUCAUCGACUCCAAGUAUGACAUCCGUAUCCAGAAGAUCGGGUCCAACUACAAGGCCUACAUGAGAACCUCCAUCUCUGGAAACUGGAAGGCCAACACAGGCUCUGCCAUGCUGGAGCAGGUGGCCAUGACAGAGAGGUACAGGCUGUGGGUGGACAGCUGCUCGGAGAUGUUUGGUGGCCUGGACAUCUGUGCUGUCAAGGCUGUCCACAGCAAAGAUGGCAGAGAUUACAUCAUAGAGGUGAUGGACAGCUCAAUGCCCCUGAUUGGAGAGCACGUGGAAGAGGACAAGCAGCUGAUGGCCGACCUUGUCAUAUCCAAAAUGAGCCAACUCCUGAUGCCAGGGGGCACGGUGCCCUCGCCCCUGAGGCCUUGGGCUCCUCAGACUAAACCAGCAAAAUCCCCUGGGCAAGCCCAACUGGGUCCUCCACUUGGACAACCCCAGCCGCGGCCACCCACACAAGGGGGCCCUCGCCCAGUUCAGUCUCCUCAGCCCCCAAGAUCUGGGAGCCCCUCCCAGCAGAGGCUCUCCCCACAAGGCCAGCAACCCCUGAGCCCUCAGUCUGGAUCGCCACAGCAGAGAUCGCCAGGGUCUCCCCAGCUCUCCCGUGCAUCUGGAGGCAGCUCUCCAAACCAGGCCCCCAAGUCGAGCGCACCCCUUACCUCGCAGCCCCGGCCCCCUGUGCAGGGCCGCAGCGCCUCCCAACAGGGCGAAGAGGCCAAGAAGCCAGCAUCACCCCAUCCCCAUCUCAACAAAUCCCAGUCCCUGACUAACAGCCUCAGCACAUCUGACACCUCCCAGCGCGGGACCCCCAGUGAGGACGAGGCUAAGGCCGAGACCAUCCGCAACCUGAGGAAGUCUUUCGCCAGCCUGUUCUCUGACUAACCAUGGUCAGGCCUCUCCUGCCCCACCCUCCAUCUCAGCCUUGGUUCCUGCUGGGAACAGAAUGGAGGGCCUGAGAAUAUCCUUUCCAAAUGCCUUUGAUCCAGGAACUGAGUUCAUGUGUACCCAUUUCCCUUUGCCGUGGUGUUCCAGCAUCAUCCAGCCAAGUGGUGGGCAUUUGAGAGCCUUCAAAUUCCUCAAAAUGGGCCUUACAGAUGGGUGUCACAUCCGCCUUCUUGCCCAAACGCUUGCUCCCCUGCCUCCGUUAACCAAGCGAGACAUCAGUGUGACUGGUUCCACAUUGCUUGUUAGUGUUUUGCUUGCCUUGGGGAAGGGCCCUUUCUGAGCCUUGCCCCCAUUUCCAUCAAAUGCAGAUGCUGAAGUCAGACCUCAGCAAUGUAGGAGGCAAUAACCUUUUGACAGUGUUCUACAAACAAAAGGAGAAAAGCCCAGCCAAGGGAACUUAGCACCCACCCUUGUCAGUUCCAUCCAAGCUCAAGAGACGGGCCUGCAGACCAGGCAGGCCCAGGCCCCAUCACCCCCGCCACCAGUGGGUCUUGAGGACCACAGAAUGCAUUCAGACCAUGUGACAUGUUGAGCCUUUCAGAACACAACAGAAACAGUGGGGAGGCCUUUGCAAGGCCACUCCCACCCAGCAUGCUAUCCUAAAUUGGACAGCCAAGAGCAGACCCCGGGUUCUUUUAGGAAUCACUACUAGUUCCCAGAGGGAGAAGAUGUCCUUAACUAGUCAGUGCCCCUCCACCCAUUCUGUGUUACACCACCGUUCAGUCUCUCUGAAUUCCCACCGGGAAUGCUGUUUCCCCCUCAAGGACACACAAGGAACCAGAGACAAUGAGCAGACAGAUGACACAGGAUCAGAAAGUGCGAUGACAGUAACUUCUAGCUCAGUGCUUCAGACUGAGCAGCAAGGCAUUGGUAGGUUACUCAGUUACAGAAGGGUUCACUGGUCAAAUGUGCUUAGGAGAUACUGUUUUGGGUUUGUUUUCUGAGCUUGAUAGUACCUAUAUCAAAGGCUCUUGGAAUUCCUAUAGUAAAGAAAUUAGCUUUAACUUUGUUUAAGCCACACUUAUUUGACUAAAAAAGUUAACUG